UGCUUUCAAAAUGAUUCCUAUCCCCAUCAUGUGAUGUAGUGUAAUAUUUUAUUCAUCUCUAUGGAGACCAAACUCUAACAAUAUAGAACCAGAGGUUUUUGUAAAGGAUAUUUUGCUAGUAAGUGCGAGUGUGUGCGAGAAAAACGCUGCUAUCAUUGUACAGAAUAACUAACUCGGAUAUAUCUACUUCUUCUAAAACCAGAAAGAAAGAAGAGGUUGCUUAACAUUUCCGGCAACAAUGAUAAAAUAUGAAGAAAUUAUUGGAAAUAGUUGUGUGACAUCAAUGAAAAGAAUGAAAUUACAUACAUAUUUAUUUAGAAAAAUAAUUGCAAAAAUAACAAACAUAUAAUAAUAUAUUGCUUAUUUUUCUAAAUAUUAUCUAAAUUAAUUAUCAAGUCAUCAAAAAGUUUUUUCCUACAUCUUGUGCAACAAAAUAUUAUUGGUCUUUGAAAUUUAUUAGUAACCAAUAUCAAUAAAUAUUGUAUGAUACCUUUGUAACUGCUUGUUGUCACACACAGUAUAUUCAGAUAUAUAUUCAUUCUACAAAAUAAUAUUCAGAACCAAAUCUGUGCUGCUCAUAAAAUAAUAUCUCUUUACCUUUUUGUAGCUAUAGCACAAAUAUUUUUUAUCUACAACACACCUUCAGUCAACAAACUGGCAUCCAGUCAACAAUAUUAUUCCAAUUAGUAAAUUAAUAAUAAAAUAUCAAUAAUAAUGAACGUUUUCAACUGUUGUAUUGAAAAUAAAUUCCCUUUUUAUAAGGUGAUUAAGAAUCGCCUGCUAAAUAAUGCAAAAGAUCUUCUGAAAUCUACCUGAAAAAUUAUAUUUUUAACUUGGAAUACAAUUUUCGCUGUUUCUCUUCCAAAUUGUUGGUCUACAUCUAUGAAGUUGUUUCUCUUCCAAAUUGUUGGUCUACAUCUAUGAAGUUUGAUAUAUGCAAAAAACAUUGAUUGGAUAAUAUUUUAUUCAGAUUUUAUUCAAGACAACAUAUUUUUGUACUAUAGUUCAAUUUAUUUCUUAGCUUUCUCUUUCUCUUUCUGUGACUUCCUAACUCCGUGCGCGUGUGCGCGCACGCAUAUACACUCUCACACAAACACAUAUAUAUGUAUGCAUAUCUAUAUUUCUCUCUUUUGCUGUUAUUGUUGCUCUUAUUGCUGCUGUUGAUAAAAAUUUAAGCAUUAUAACUGAUUUUUAACUGAUUGCUUUGUGAAUGGAUAACCUAACCAUGGAAGAAGUGAACUCCGACAGCUCGUGUGAUUUUGCACGUUGCUGGACUGUUGCCCUUCAGGUCACCUUAUUGGGACUAAUCUCAGCUGUGGGCACAUUCAGCAACUCUUUAGUCAUCCUGGCUAUAUUUUUGUUUGAUGAACUUCGAACCAAAGCAAAGUCUUUUGUAUGUAAUUUAGCUGUCGCUGAUCUGAUUUUGUGCCUCUUCGUAAUUCCUCUACGUACAAUGAUGAUGUUUGCCAGACAACCUUUUGGCUUAUGUCAUGUAACGGUGGUAGCACAAGCCACCUUCGUCUAUACUUCAAUAAAUACACUAGCUGCCAUUUCAUAUAAUCGUUUUGUAUUGACGAUGAAGACCAGGUCUCAGUACGAGAACACUUUUACUAAACGUAACGUGUUCCUCAUUUUAUCAACAGUUUGGUGUUUGGCUUUUGGUGCUUCCUUCAUGGCUGUCAUGUGGACUGGAGCACUUAAUGUCACCUAUGACAACAAGACACGUGCAUGUGUGUUUUUGAGAGGAAAUGCAACAAUUUCAGCCCUUCUGAUGGUGCCACUAUCAUUACUCUUUUCACCGUUGUUAUUAACUCUUUAUUUCUAUGCCCGUAUUUUUUACUAUGCUCGUCACUCCGCUGUGUCAGUAACUGGCCAUCGCCCAGAUGACAUUAGUUUCACUUACAAAUUGUGUUGCAUCACCAUUCUUUUCGGAAUUUUAAACUUCCCAGCUUGCAUUUUGGCUGUAGUACAGGUAUUUAGUAGUCCGGAUGCAAAUGAAGUUUUGAUUCGUUUUUCCAUCAUCAUCCAGCUACUUAAUUCUGCUGUCAACCCAGUUAUAUAUGGAUGGAAAGUGCCAAAAUUUCGAAAUGCGUUUAUUCGGAUGUUACGUUUGAAUACUUGUUUCAAAAGGGCCACAGUGCAGCCUAUUAACCACUGACAAGAAUCUCUGUAAAAA